AGAAACAUGUCUAAAACAUCAAUGGAUGCUCUUAGUACCUAUUCUGGUCGGUCUAUACAUCCUAUCCAUGAAGAUUUGAAUCACCAUUCGAGUGAGUCUAAAGAUAUGCAUGAUUUCAUUAUGAAUCGCUCUAGAAAUCGACUGCACUACAAUCACGACUAUAUAGACCAUCGGUUUCCAACUACAGUAGAAUCUACGGAUGCACGGUCUACCAAGCAGAUGUCCCCGGUGGCAGCCAGUGGGCCAUUUCUAAAUCUCUGCGAUCAGUUACGAAAUCAGAACACACAAGGAGCUAUCAAAACUACCGUUAGCAAUCAUCAUAACUUCCAAGCGCAACAGUUUGGAGGAAUCGGUCAAAGCGGAUUUCCAGUAUCCGGAGAGACGUCCCAUGUAAAAUUUACUUCAGCUUAUGGUGGAUAUCCACCAAACCAUUUUUGCUUUUAUCAGGUACCGCCACCUUAUGGUGCUCUCAAUAGACCUGUUUACGGUCACCAUGGGGGACUCGUUAACAUACCAGUAAAUUUUCACAACUUGCAAGGACGUCGCGAUGCAGCAGGAGUCGAAGAUGGAGAAAAAAAUAUUCAAUUACUCUGCAGUAUUGUUCAGGGAGGAAAAGGCACUGAUAGCUAUUCGCAAGAAAUGGAUAUUGCAACUGAGCCUAUUGCUAUUGACCGACAAAAUAAACCCAUAGUAACACCACAAGUUCACGAUACAUCGUCGAACGAAACAGAAGAAAUCGACAGAUUUCGAGUACGCACAAAUCGUCGUGGGAAUUGCAACCGAGGCUGGAUUGCAUGUGCCAGUGGACAACAGUGUGUACGAAACAUCCAAUGGUGCAACGCAAAGACAGAUUGUUUGGAUGGUAGUGAUGAAAGCCAUUGUUCGUGUCCUUCACGGCUUCAUCCGAAACGAAUUUGCGAUGGUUAUCAAGAUUGUCCGUUGGGUGAGGAUGAAAUAGGCUGUUUCGGGUGCGACAAAUUUUCGUUCUCAUGCUUUAAUAGUGCUUUCGAAUAUGAAAGUGCAUCCAAAGCGGGAGCAACGUGCUUCACAACUAUUGAAAAAUGCGAUGGUUUCGAUAAUUGUUUUAAUCAUAAAGAUGAACAAGAUUGCACGAUGUUAGUAAAAGAUUUGGGCAAAGUAAAAGCUUUUUCCGUGGGUCACUCAGCCGGAAUUUUACACCGGAACUACAAAGGCAAAUGGUAUCCAGUUUGCCGAAGUCCUGCUGCACUGGCACGCCAAGCAUGUGAGGCAGAAAUAGGUCCACUAGAUCACGAACCAUUGGUCACACAAAUGCACGGCAAUCUACCAGGGCCAUUUAUUCAAGGAAAAAGCUCUAGUCAACAUGUCUUCCAGCCUCAUUUCACUGACACGUGCAAUGGAAAAUUCAAUUAUGUUGAGUGUCCUCAACCAAAGUGCGGUACAACCAAAUUAACUGAGUUUCCUAGUGCGCGAAUAAAAAUUCGAUCAAAACGGAAUACCACGGAUGAGAAGGUAGAAAGUGUUCGAAUAGUCGGCGGCUCAGAUGCUGAAGCCGGGGCUUUUCCGUUCAUUGUGGCUAUUUUCCGCGAUGGAAAAUUUCAUUGUGGUGGGAGUAUCUUCAACGAACAUUGGAUAAUUUCGGCAGCUCACUGUUGCGAUCAUUAUCAUAAUCAUUAUUUUGAGCUUCGUGCUGGAAUGCUAAGAAAACGCAGUUUCGCUGCACAAGUUCAAAUAGCCACAAUUACGCAAAUCAUUGUCCACCAUGGAUACAGUGCUCAAAAAAUGGCAAACGAUAUCAGUUUGAUGCGCACGGAUCGAGCACUGCACUGGAAUCGCUGGGUACGCCCCAUCUGUCUGCCAGAUCAUCAUCGGACAACAGGCGAUCGCGAUUGGUUGUGGGGACCAAAACCUGGAUCAUUAUGCACAGCGAUAGGAUGGGGAGCCCUGCAUGAACGUGGAGCAGCACCUGAUCAUCUCAAACAUGUGACGGUGCCAGUUCUAGGAUAUUGCAAACACAAGAAUGAUCGAGAUGGUUUGUAUAUUUGUGCUAGUGAUCCCGAAGGUGACCACGAUGCCUGUCAGGGAGAUUCCGGAGGUCCUUUCGUAUGUCCAAGUAUUUCCAACCCAAACGAAUGGUACCUUGCGGGUGUAGUCAGUCAUGGUGAAGGAUGUGCCAGACAUAACGAACCGGGAGUCUAUACCCGAACAGCUCUCUAUAUAGAAUGGAUAAAAAAUAAAAUCGAAGAACCACCUUCAGACGCGACCCCGUUGUUGACUUGUCCUGGCUUCCAAUGUUUGUGGGGAACCACCAUCUGCUUACCACUAUCAAAACGUUGUAACGGCCGGGUUAACUGUCUUGGUGGAGAGGAUGAAGCGAACUGUCCCUUGGAUAAUCUACUCGGAAGUAUUAUGAAUAGUACUGAAAACACUACUACUUCCAAACCAGAAAAAACAACAGUGGCAUUAGAAAUCAGAACUUCUUCGGGACGUAUAAAAUAUGAUGGAUCUACAACAAUAACGGUUAUGACUAACUUCAGUGACGCGAUAUCGGAUACUUCCAAAAAAUCCGUUCUAGUAGAUCACCCACAAAAAUCAACAACAGUGGAAUAUGGAAAACUUCCGACAACUACUUUCAAUCCACAAACGAGUAGCAGAGAGCAAACGACCUACACAAUGACCACUAAACCAUACACAAUGGAAGCAACAACUGUUGAAAUCACAAAAACUUCUACUCUUAUUAUGAAAUCUUCCUCCACAGCUUCUCCUGUCCCAGUUAUAUCAGAAGUCACUGAUUGGGAAGAAAAAACGACAUCCGAGCUGCCAGGUAUUCAAAAACACAAAGAUGAAGCAUCGACUUUCAGAGCACUGAGUGAGCCGCUUGAAUUUUAUGAAACUUCCACUGUCCUUUGGCCGGAAAAAUCCACCAAUAACAAUUUCACACUUCAGAAAAAUGCAACUGAAAUGCAGCAAAUGGCAUCAGAGUUGAGAGAUGCAGUCGUUAUGGCUAACGACCAUCCCUUUUUCAGGAAGCUUGUCGAUUUGCAUGACGAAAAAUAUAAGCGACUGAAUACGUUUCAUCUGUCAGCUCACAAUUUGCAUACUUCAUUACAGAACAUCUCCGACAUAUCUGUCAAUCAAACCUACCGUUACAAGCGUUUUACCUGUGCAAAAUUUCGGCAAACGAUUAACAUUGCACAUCGAUGUGAUCGCAUCAUAGAUUGCGAGGAUGGGUCAGAUGAGAUCGGUUGUACUUGCCGCGAUUACUUACAAGACAAAUAUAACUUUUUACUAUGCGAUGGAAAAACAGACUGCUGGGAUCUGACCGAUGAACAAGGCUGCUUCAAAUGUGAACCCGGAAAACAGCCAUGUCGAAUGAGCAGAAAGUGUAUCAAUGAGAAACAAAUUUGCGAUGACCAUCCAGAUUGUCCACUGCACGAGGAUGAAUUGGAUUGCCUUGCGUUGACCGAUGGGCAUAAAGUUUACUUCGAUGCCAACAACUUGUCACUGUUCAGAUAUGACGGGUUGGUAACAAAAAAUACAAAUGGGUCAUGGCAUGUAGUAUGUGGUGUAGAGGUUAACAACCUAACGGCUGAGUCUGCUGGAAAAAUCUGUUCUUUUUUGGGAUUUGCAGGCUACAAAAAUUACUCCCAACACGUUCUCGAUCCGCACUACAACUCAUCGAUGAAUUUUUCCGAAACGCUUUCAAAAUUAGUGAAAUUUCAUCGUAACAUAUCGUCGGAAGACAAUUGUAAAGCUCUUCACAUCUCCUGCGUUCCCUACAUUAAUGCUACCGAACAUGAAAUCAGUCACUUUGAGAAUCAGCAUAAGGAAAUUCCAGUACAAGUCAAUAUCAAGCCAAUCAAUCCAAUCGAAAAACCGCAUAAUCAAGCGCAUAUUACCUUUAAUGAAAAUGCUCACAUAGAGCUGAUUGAAAACUUUGGUGACGAUUACGAUUGGCCUUGGAACGUGGAUAUCUAUCUUGAAGGGAAGUUCUUGUGCAGUGCCAUAAUCGUCGACGUUAGUUGGGUCAUUGUGGAAAGCUCCUAUAUGCGAUUGAUCAACCUGAAAAACGACUACCUUUCUAUAGUCGCUGGAGGAGCCAAAUCGUAUCUGAAAAUCACCGGACCUUACGAACAAGUCAUUAGAGUGGAUUGUUAUCAUUUUAUACCUGAUGCACGGGUUGUUAUGUUGCAUCUAGAAAAGCAGUUGAGUUUUACUCGCCACGUUUUACCGACAUUUAUUCCAGAAAAAGAUAGUAAAAUCGAAGACAACCAGUGUCUAGCUGUAGCUCAAGACAAACUAGGAAGAACACGAACCUUACGAGUUCACAUUAACACAGCCAACUGCACAACAGAAAAGCACAUCUGCUAUCAGCGCGAUCCGGAGCAUGAUUAUUAUCACGCUGAGCAUUGCUAUUCGGAAGCUGCAACUCGGUCCGGAGUAGUGGUCUGUAAAACGAAGCUGUCAGGCUGGUAUCCUGUAGGAUUUUAUCAACAUAGACGCGGCCUCUGCGGGUUCAAUGAAAUCGUGCGGAUGAUUUCUUUGAAGGAAUACUUUCAAGACAUUCAGCAUGUACUGAGUCAUCACAAAUGUGAUUACGAAUUUCCCGCGCCAACUUGCGUGGGUAAACGUUGCCGUUACGGGAAAUGCGUUGAUCACUCGUUAGUUUGCGAUCGAAAGUUGGACUGCAGUGAUGGUUCAGAUGAACGCGAUGAUUGGUGUACUGGUAAAAAUGAAACUUUGACUACUGCCUGUCUACCAACACAUUUUCGCUGCCAAAACGGACGUUGCGUGGAAAAAGGUAGGUUCUGUGAUGGCCGAAAUGAUUGCGGUGAUCUGUCAGAUGAACCCCACGAGUGUUCUUGUUACACGUAUAUCAAAGUGACUGAACCAUCGAAAAUAUGCGACGGAAUACGUAACUGUUGGGAUAAGUCGGAUGAAAAUCCACGACUUUGCAAGUGCCGGGAAUCACGUUUCCGAUGUGGCGAUACAAACACUUGCGUCGCGCAUGACUUUGUCUGUGAUGGUGAAAUUGAUUGUCCUGGAGGAGAAGAUGAACGGUACUGCUACGCUUUGCAACAGAAUCCAGCAGAAACCAAUUAUGGAGAGGUAAUGCAACAAAGUUUUGGUAUUUGGCAUUCGAAGUGCUUUCCGAAGAAUGUUAAAUAUGACGAUCAAACGAUAAAGCAAAUUUGUGAGAGUGUCGGGUACCAUCGGGUACCGAAAGUCUAUGGUCGCAAAAUGAUGCAAGAGUCUAGACUACGGACGGCAAAUAGUACGGAUAAUCCUGUGGAUCGUUUGCGAAAAACAGCUACGAAAGUUGUUGUACAGAACAAAUUUUCCAGAGUUAAGAUCAAUGAGAAACAAUCAUUUUUCAUGAAACCUAGUCGGCCCAUGUUCCGGCUAAUAAACUGGAAUGAAGAGGAUGAGCGAAACUGUGAUCGAUUGGAAAUAAAUUGCGGAGACUAAAA